AUGCCUUUAGGAUAUUGUUUUGGCAUGGAGAGCUCCGAUGUGGGCAGUGUGGCUGGGGGUGCCGCGCUGAUGGACAAGUUCCACGAUGUCUUGGAGCAGGGAGCAGCCACUGUCGCUGGGCAGUCCCUGGAGAACUUGUCAUGGGCCGAGAUCAACCUGUGCCGGACCGAGGUCGAUCCCACGCAUUGGUCCGCUCACCCGCCCGGAUCCCCCGGCACGGUGGAUGGGUCCGGCCUGGUGACGGCAUGA